GUGGGGCCUUGACUCGAGGGGACCAUGGCGAUGAUGGUGUGCAGCCUGCCGGAGUGCUACAGGCCUCGUCACCAGCGGCGGGGUGUUGUCCACGACUUCUGUAGCAGGACCCACGCUCAAGAGGCCGCCGACAUGGGGUUGAUCCCACCGCUCCAUCGUCCUCACGGCAGGUGUCAUGUAAGGCCGGCACGACAAAAGGCAGAAGGGCGACCAGGGAGGGAUGCAGAAUUUAGUGUUGCGCAACAUCGCCGCACAUGCAUGCAUUACAUCUUGCCUACUUCUACAUAG